AUGGCUGGAAUCAAGCACUCGCCACCUCGCCCAGUCUCGAGUGGCGACUUCGAGAUCGCCGUCAUCUGCGCCCUCACCCUUGAGGCGGAUGCCGUCCUUGCCCUCUUCGACCACCAUUGGGAUGAUGAUGGCCCGCACUACGAUAAAGCCUCAGCCGAUCCGAACGCCUACUCCGCCGGCGCCAUCGGCCGUCACAAUGUCAUCCUCGUGCAUAUGCCAGGCAUGGGAAAAGCCAACGGAGCGGCGGUCGCAGCCAACUGUCGGUCGAGCUUCCCUAACAUUAAGCUUGCCAUUAUUGUAGGGGUCUGCGGUGUUGUUCCCUUUGGCCAUGAUGGCGUUGAGAUUACCCUAGGCGAUGUCGUUGUUAGCGAUGGCGUGGUUCAGUACGAUCUCGGCCGGCUAGUACCCGAACGAUUCGUACAGAAAGACACGCUGCUAGACUUGGGUAUCCGCGGUCAGAAAACGCUACGGGAGAAGAUGGUUGGCUACCUCAACACGCUCCAGACAGAGCCGGAGCUGGCAGCGGUGUAUCCAGGCACGGCGCACGACAGGCUCUUUGAGGCGGCGUACCGCCACCGCCGCGAUGACCAGUGGAUGCCUUCGGUGUCUUUGCCUCUAGUGCAACCCUCUGUCCUAGAGUAUUUUGCUAGACCUUGGUUCCUAGUACCGUAUCCGAGAAACGAAACCUUCGUUGGCCGAUCAACUGUCUUGGAAAUAUUGCAGCAGCAAAUCCUCAAAUCUGAGUCACAAGAGCGAGUGUCGCUAUUUGGCUGUGGUGGUGUUGGGAAAACCCAGAUAGCCCUGGAAUAUGUAUACUGGCUUCAGACGAAACACAAAGACAUGUCUGUCUUCUGGGUUCACGCGAGCAAUUCGCAACAGUUCCGCCAGUCGUAUGCUUUCAUCGCGCAGGCAUGCCGUAUACCCGGCUUUGACGAUCCUCAGGCAGACGUGCUGCCGUUGGUGAAGAGCUGGCUAAAUAGAAAAGACCGAGCAGGAUGGUGGCUCAUGGUCAUCGACAAUGCUGAUGAUGCGCAGCUAUUCUAUCCGUCGCCAAAAGAAACGAACGAUGUCAGCGGCGUUGGUCGAAAAGGUGGCUUGGGCCGUUACAUACCUGAGUGUGCUCACGGGUCAAUUCUUGCCACGGCCAGGACCCAGCAAGCCGGUCGAAGGCUUGCCAAAGGGAAAGGGCCUAUCUUCGUUGGAACUACAAACGAUACAGAGUCAGAAGAACUGAUUCGUGCCCAUUUGAACGGCACCAGUGCGACUCGUGCUAACUUAUUAACACUAUCAUCUCAAUUGGACAAUCUGCCGCUGGCGCUCGUCCAAGCUGCUACAUAUAUUGAAAAAGCCAGUAUAACAGUGCAGCAAUAUCUGCAACUGUUGGCGAUUGAGCAUGAGAACAUGGUUGAGUUGCUCAGUGAUCAGUCUGCAACAGUUGGACUGGAUCCAGAGGCUAUGAAAGCAGUGGCACUCACAUGUGUGAUUGCACUUAAGCAGAUCGAGCGACGAUAUCCCUUGGCUAGUGAGCUACUUUUCUUCAUGAGCCUUCUCGAACGUCAAGGCAUCCCUUUGCAGCUUCUAUUACAUUAUCGCGAUCGGAAAUGGGAAAGGGGGGAACAAACCGACAUGAAUCUCGGAAAUGCGAUCGAAAUUCUAAAGUCAUACUCAUUCGUGGAAGAGGACAAUGACGGAAAUUACGGCCUGCACCGCCUUGUGCAGUUGAUGACACUAAGAUGGCUUACUGAGAAGGUGACCCAUUCCGAUACGUUGGCCAGCAUGUCCAACCUCGCAUCAACAUACAGGAGCCAGGGCCGGUGGGAAGAGGCAGAGAAGCUCGAAGUUCAAGUGAUGGAGACAGUCAAGACAAAGGUUGGAGUGGACCAUCCUGACACACUAGCCAGCAUGGCCAACGUCGCAUCAACAUACAGGAGCCAGGGCCGGUGGGAAGAGGCAGAGAGGCUCGAAGUACAAGUGAUGGAGAUGGUCAAGACCAAGGUUGGAGUGGACCAUUCCGACACGCUGGCCAGCAUGGCCAACCUUGCAUCAACAUACAGGAGCCAGGGCCGGUGGGAAGAGGCAGAGAAGCUCGAAGUACAAGUGAUGGAGACAGUCAAGACAAAGGUUGGAGUGGACCAUCCUGACACACUAGCCAGCAUGAUCAACCUCGCAUCAACAUACAGGAGCCAAGGCCGGUGGGGAGAGGCAGAGAAACUUCUCAUACAGGUGGUAGAGAUAAGUAGGAGCAGGAUUGGAGCGGGCCAUCCUUAUACUUUAAGCGGUAUGAGCAAUCUGGCAUUGAUAUAUAACGACCAAGGAAGGUGGGAGGAGGCAGAGAGGCUUGAGACGCAAGUAGUAGAGGCUUGGAGGAUGAAACUUGGAGUGGACCACCCUAACACAUUGAGCAGUAUGGCCAACCUAGCGUCGAUAUAUAAGAAUCUUGGCCGGUGGGAAGAGGCAGAAGACCUUUUCGUACAGGUGAUAGAGACGAGCAAGAAAAAGAUUGGGGGUCGGUUGGAGGAGGCCAGGUCACUACAAAGCAAGAUCACGAAAACACAGGAGGCUAGGGGUGCGCAUCAUCUGCCUGAUACGUCUGAAAGUCAACAGACAAUUUUAGAUCAGGACUCAGGCUAUGCCUCGGUUUCACGUUUGACAACUUUAUCCGCCCACUCCGAGUCGGCUUUUGAAGUUGUUACCAAACCGUUUGCCACAGAGAAGCAUGAUAACGCUGUCAAGUUGUCCGACGAACUUCAGUCCCUUGCUUCCGACGAUGAUGACAUUGGUUCACAGGUCUCUGCUGAAACAACAACCGAAGGAAUGUCUGGCCAGGCUCUUAUCCGGAAGUUCCUAUGCGAAGAACCUCAAUUCAGAGCACUUUGUGAAAAGGCUCUAACAAGGUUAAGCAGAGAACGAUUUGUGGAGAACAUGCGGCGACUACUGAAAUCGUUUCACAAGAGCCUUCUGAGGGAAGGUCAAACUGAAGCUGAGAAAGCUACCGCCGGACUGCUACGUAGUAGACGAGGGAGAUCUCGGAUUAGCAACCAGCUUGCCAGUUACAUGAGAUUGGAGGAUGAGGAUGCGAAUCAAACAGAGCUUGAUAUCGAUUUGGGGAGCAAGCAGCGAGUUGAAAUAUGGGCGAGGAGCGUUGCGGUGGAUCCAAAGCAGGAGCUUGACAACCAUGACAUGGGCGAGGAGUCUUCGACAACAAGCUCUGAGAACGAUUUUCCUUUCAUUUCUGAGGUGGAAGUCUUCCUACGAGAGUCUAUGUCGUUUCGGAGACUUCAGAAAGAGUUCAUGUUGAUAUUUAUGCCAAGGACCUUGAGACAUGUGCUUCUCUCGAUACCAAGAAAGUACAUCUGGGUGUCGCAGGAGCAAGAUCUCUCGCUCUCGAAUAGAGCAAAAGCCUGGAUAGAGGACGUGACUUUGCUUAAAUGGAAUUGGUGGCCCUUCUGCCCACGAAAACGCUUGCUACGACAUAGCGAGGCACGAGUAUUCUGGCGAUGUACCUGUGGUUCUGUUCAGUGGGAAGAAGUCUCUAUGGAACAAUACGAAUUCGUGAAAAAGAUACUGGAUUAUUCGAAUGAGCAGCCCGGGCUACAGCAUUGGUGUAGAGAGUAUUGUGAAAGCGUGAAGUUUUACAGACUAUCUCUCAGCAUACCAACCCCGUCCCCCUGA